UAUGGGGUGUCCAUCUGCAACUACUGGAACGACCCACAUCAUCGGGAUCUGUACCUCAACAGCAGCGACUUCCUGGCCCCACUGAAUGACGAGCGCCUGCACCCCAAUGCAUCGGCCUGGAAGCAGAACCUGCUGCGCAUCCGGAACCUCGUCCUCAUCGGGGGCCCCGACGACGGCGUCAUCACCCCAUGGCAGUCCAGCCUUUUUGGGUUCUAUGAUGCCAACGAGACGGUGCAGGACAUGAGAUCCCAGCAGGUUUACCUGGCCGACACGUUUGGGCUGAAGACUUUGGACGGCCGUGGGGCGCUGUGGGGCUGCGUGGUGCCGGGUGUGGGGCACACGGGGUGGCACAACCACCGCGGGGUCUACGAGCGCUGCAUCCGCCCAUGGCUCACGUAGCGCUAUGGGGCUGGGGGGGGGUAUAGGGAUAUGG